CUUGUUUCUACAAUGACGUUGCCUAGUCUAUGGUCGCCUGUUUUGUUUGGCACUCCCUAGUUUUGUUUCUUCGAGCCGGCGAUUAAAAGUCUGCCCCGGAGAAGCCAUGGCCGAAGAGGCCUCGGGAGCCGCCCGACCGCCCGAGCACGACGGGCUUCUCCAGCAGCGUAUCGAGGAUCUGGAGAAAGAGAAGGCUGAGUUCCUCAAGCUCAAACAGCAGCUGGAGAUGGAGUUCAAUCAGAAGCGUGCCAAAUUCAAGGAGCUCUAUUUGUCUAAAGAAGAGGAGCUGAAGCGUCGGGCGGUGUCUCUGGAAAGCGCCCAGGCAGAGCUGAGCCACAUGCAGAGCCAGCUGGCCGACGCCAAAGCCGAGAUGGAGAACAUCAAAGCCGUGGCCACCGUCUCGGAGAGCACAAAGCAGGAGGCCAUCGACCAGGUCAAGCAGCAGUGGCAGGAGGAAGUGGCAUCCUUACAGGCCAUCAUGAAAGACACGUUGCGGGAGUACGAGGUGCAGUUUCACCAACGUUUAGAUCAGGAGCGAGCGCAGUGGAAUCAGUACCGCGAAGGGGUCGAGAGAGAGCUGGCCGAACUGCGGCGCCGUCUCUCCGAAGGUCAGGUGGAAGAGAACCUGGAGAACGAGAUGAAGAAGGCGCAGGAGGACGCAGAGAAACUUCGCUCUGUGGUGAUGCCAAUGGAGCAUGAAAUCGCUGCUCUGAAGGCCAAGCUGACGAGCGCAGAAGAGCGGGUUAAGGAACUUGAGGCAGCUAAGGUGAAAGAGCUCAACCAUGUCCUCGAGGCUGAGAAGUCGUGCCGGACCGAUUUAGAGAUGUACGUUGCUGUCCUCAAUACCCAGAAAUCUGUCCUCCAGGAGGACGCAGAGAAGCUUCGGAAAGAGCUCCAUGAAGUGUGUCACAUGUUGGAGCUCGAGCGUCAACAGCACAACCAGUUGAAGCACACUUGGCAGCGUGCCAACGACCAGUUCCUGGAGUCGCAGCGGCUGCUGAUGCGAGACAUGCAACGCAUAGAAAGCGUGCUGAGCUCUGAACAGCUGCGCCAGGUCGAGGAGAUGAAGAGGAGGGACCAGGAGGAAGACGAGAAGGAGCGGCUCAGUCAGGCUCAAGAAGCCGGCGAGGAUGAUGGUGCCGACCACACGGAGGCUGCAGAGGACUCUUUCCUCGGCCUUUCUAUAGAAGAGUCCCACCUGAACCAUAGCAUCCACAGCUCGAUACACUCGCUGGACGAGGACAGGCCCGACUCGUGCGACCCCUGUAGAGACAGCCUCCGUCGUGUGCAGUCCACAGACAGCCUGGGCUCGUCCGGAAACACUCUGCAACCUCAAGGACUCAACCACAAAGCCAAAUCAGCCAGCAACCUUGACGAGUCGGAGUUCGGCCCGCUGGUCGGGGCCGAGUACGGCCCCUCUGUGGCACCCUCCAUCGGCUCCCUCCCUUUCCUCCUCACCAAGGACCAGGAGAAGGCCAUCAAGGCCAUGACACCAGAGCAGGAGGAGACGGCGUCACUGCUCUCGAGCAUCUCGCAGCGUAUCGACGCCGCUUACCUGCCUCCAGCCGGAUACCGAUUGGUCAGUGACUCGGAGUGGAAUCUGCUACAGCAGGAGCUGAAGAAUGCGGGGAGGAAGUUGGGCCGGCGUUGUGAUAUGUGCUCUAAUUAUGAGAAGCAACUUCAGGUCAUUCAGGGGCAGGAGGCGGAGACACGAGAUCAGGUGAAGAAACUACAAGCCAUGCUUCGGCAGGCCAACGAUCAGCUAGAGAGGACGAUGAGCGAAAAACAAGAGUUGGAAGACUCGAUGAAGCAGGGCCACGAAGAAACCAACGCUAAGGUCUCGGCGUUGAUGCAGAAAGUCCAGGAGUCAGAGUCGAUGCUGAGCACACUCCAGCAAGCCUUCAGCCAGGCCAAGAGGAACACCCAGGAACAGAUGGCUGUGUUGCUGAAGUCCCGGGAACAGGUGGCUGAGGAGCUGAGCAGACUGCAGAGAGAAAACGAGAGUCUACAGGGCAAACACAGACUUCACCUGACGCUGCAGCAGGAAGAGAAUUUCCAGAUGCCUGCAACCAUCCAGGAGCUCCAGUCUCUAGUGCUGCAGUACCGUGAGGACAUCGUCUCGGUGCGCACGGCAUCCGAGCACCUGGAAGAAAAACUGAAGGCCGAGAUCUUGUUCCUGAAGGAACAGAUCCAGGCAGAGCAGUGCCUCAAAGAGAACCUCGAGGACACACUACAGCUGGAGAUCGAGGGCUGCAAAGAGGAGAUUGCGUCCUUCUCCAGCCUGAAGACGGAGCUGGAACGAGUCAAGAAUGAAAAAGAGCAGCUAGAGAGCAGUCUGGCGGAGAAGAGCCAAGCAUUGGAAAGUAUCCAGGGGCUGAAAAGCAGCUUGGAGGAACAGCUCAAAGAUGCCCUGUCCAGCAAGACAGCCCUAGAAAGUCAAGUGUUCGAGGAAAAGGACAAAGCACAAAGACUACAGACAGAGCUGGAUGUCAGUGAGCAGGUCCAGAGAGACUUUGUCAAGCUUUCACAGACUCUACAGGUCCAGUUGGAGAGAAUCAGGCAGGCGGACUCUUUAGAGCGAAUCCGCGCCAUCCUUAAUGACACCAACCUGACAGACAUCAGCCAGCUUCCUGAGACAUGAUACUUCAUCUUCAUCAAUCAGCCUUCUUUCUUUCUCUUUCUUCCUUCACACACACACCACACACGUUUCUCAGAUCUCCCAGCACCUUAGUGCAUCUCCUCCAGCCCUUGCUGAGGGGCAGGACACUAGCAAUGAGGUGGCUUGCUUUUUUUUUUUUUAUUAUUAUUAUUAUCAUUAUUAUUUUCUUUAAAAAAAAAAAACACUCAAACCGAAACAAAGGGUCUGACACGUGAGAGAACACUACGACUAUUUACUACGGCUCUUAGAGCAUGUGACUAAAUGUGAAACGUCUCUGUGUGUCUUUCCUCACCAUGCUUCACUCCGUUCCUGGUCUACUUUCUUCUUCGCCAUCCGCUGAGCCUAAUAGACGGGGACUUAGGAAGGAUCCUGCUAGUAGUAUUUUGUACAUACGUGUGUAUACGGAAUAUAUGUAUAUUGCGUUAAGUUCAUUUGGCCGUACGUGCGUCCGUGACUCAUUUCAUAGGUCUAACCCGGGCUGUGUCAGUAUUCUUUCCCCAUCUCGUCCUUUGCUUUUAAAGGAUUUCCUACAGCAGACAAAUCGAGGACGUCUCCGCCGACAGACGGCGAUUUUUCAACCUCGUGGUCUGUCUGCUGGGUCUGAUGACAUUUGUAGUUUUUUUUUUUUUCCUGUCCUCCAUGUCUGACCCUUCAUCGACUCACAGCAAACCGAUUCGAUCUGCAGAGACGGCUUUAAGGUCGAACGACAGGCCACUAAAGCGUGUAGCCGCUGCCAUGUUCCGAUGUCCAGUGACCCUCUGUAGAGCUGAGGUGAUGACCGUGUUCAUCGGUAAUAUAGGAAAACCUCGUGUUUGCGCUGCACGUGCAACCGGUUCGAGCGACAAAUCUUGCAUGGAUUCUUCCUAAACACUUGAUCUAGUUCGUGAUCACUUCAGGGAUGGACAAAUCCUGAGUUUAUCUCAUUAAAAAAAAAAAAAAAAACCGAACACGCUACAAUAUACAGUGGAAUAACGAAUCCCUGCCUAAUCUGCUAGCUAUGCUAGCUUUUUAAAAUAAAAAAAAAUCACGCUAAAUAAUACGCUGAAUUUCCAAACGAAUAAAUAAUGCAUAAAAAAAGUGUAAGAUGUAGUGUUUCUCUUUCUUUAUUUUUUUAUGAACUGAUCGAAGUAAAAAAAAAAAAAAAUGUAAAUAAAAGUCCUGAUGCGUUUUCGACACCCAUGUCGUCACCGUUUAGCGAUUUGUCCACUCCUGCAAUGUGACUCAGAGGAGGUGGUGUAGUAAUAAGGGCACAUGGUGUAAAUGUGUACGAAUUACACAAACCUCUUGAGCUCUGCUGAAUUUCUUUCUGAAACGCAGCUGUGAUUUAAAAAACACGGUGUGGAAAUCACAGUUCCAGUCAGUGACCCCUCUCCGUGAGGUGUGGCGACACGUUUAGCCGAGCGUUUCGGAGCAAAACGUCUUUAAACACGAACUCCAUUUCAUAAUUAUUCACCGAUGAAACGCGGCUUGCUCCUUUCCUCUGUCGUCGGAGAGUUUACACCAAACCGCUGCUGAUUUGAUUCGAUCUGUGAGCAGCACUUCCUGGUCUGAAGUGUUUAGGAUCAUUUUAAACUAAUCUCGUCUUUCUUUCUCUUUUUAAUUCCCUGGAAAACCCAACACUCGACACACACACAGGUGUGGUUUUUUGUUUUGCUGCUGCUCUCCCGCGUGAGUCUAUUUGAUAGGAACAUGACCCCGAGACACGCGUCUACUUUCUAACUACCUUUUACAAACUAUUCAUGAAGCUCUAAACGACACAAUAAUUCUAUCGUGUGUGUGGAUUCAUUGGAGUGACCAGUUCAUUUCCCUCUAAUCCAGUAUGAUUUUAUGGUUCUACUUGCUUUGUGGAAAACCCCCGACAUCAUUAGCGGGUGUCGUUCUGUUCGCAUGGAAGAUUUAUAUACUGUACUGUGUACAUAUCUCUGUACAUAUCUAAUAAACCGAACUGUACUUAAAGCACAA